AGUCAGUCGACAAUGUUCAAGAGAGACCGAGUAAUUUUUUGAUAAUGUGGGUUUGCUUGAAGUAUUGACAAAUCACGUGUUAUAAAUGAAUUAAACCCUAUACGCAGUACAUACUAUAUUAUGAAACGAAAUGAAUUACGCGCCCCAUCCGUCCUGGAUAUUUGACAAGAGAAUACCCUGGGAGGGAAGGGAAUAGAUCGAAGGUCGAAGAGUGAAAGGGCAGUAAAGAGCGAAAGCAAGAAGAGGGACGAUGCCAGUUGCACGACCUGAAUCAUCUGAUGCAAGGAUCAUCGCUCACAUCGACAUGGAUUGCUUUUACGUUCAAGUGGAGCAGCGUAAGCAACCAAAUUUAAGAGGUAAGCCCACUGCUGUGAUACAAUAUAACUCCUGGAAAGGUGGGGGCCUGAUUGCUGUCAGCUAUGAGGCCCGCGAAUACGGGGUGAAGCGUUCGAUGAGAGGUGAUGAGGCUAAGCAAGUUUGCCCACAAAUUCAGCUUGUCCGAGUCCCAGUUGCUCGUGGUAAAGCUGACUUGAGCAUAUACCGAAAUGCGGGUUCAGAGGUGGUUUCUAUUUUUGCAAGGACAGGUCGAUGUGAGCGGGCUUCAAUUGAUGAAGUGUAUCUUGACCUUACUGAUGCUGCAGAAAUAAUGCUGGCAGAAACUCCUCCAGAGAGCUUGGAAGCAAUUCCUGAAGAAGUUCUUAAAUCACAUGUUUUGGGGCUUAAUCAGGAUGGAAAUGAUGUUGAUGAAAAUGUUAGGGAGUGGCUCCGUAGGAGUAAUGCUGAUCACCGUGAUAAAUUGUUAGCCUGUGGGGCUCUUAUUGUUGCAGAACUAAGGUUGCAAGUUUUGAAGGAGACUGAAUUUACAUGUUCUGCUGGGGUCGCUCAUAAUAAGAUGCUGGCCAAACUGGCAAGUGGUAUGAAUAAACCUGCACAACAAACUGUUGUUCCCUUCUCAUCUGUAAUGGGAUUGCUCAAACCUUUACCUAUAAAGAAAAUGAAACAACUUGGGGGAAAGCUUGGGAGUUCCUUGCAAGUUGACCUUGGUGUGAAUACUGUUGGGGAUCUAUUGCAGUUUUCCGAGGAGAAACUACAAGAAUGUUAUGGCAUAAAUACCGGUACCUGGUUAUGGAAUAUUGCAAGGGGGAUCAGUGGGGAAGAGGUUGAGGGUCGCCUUCUUCCCAAGAGUCAUGGUUCUGGGAAAACGUUUCCUGGACCUAGGGCUCUGAAAACGACUGCUUCUGUUGAACACUGGCUUAAUGAACUUUGUGAAGAACUCAGUGAACGUCUUCACUCUGAUCUGGACCAGAAUAAGCGAAUCGCACACACUCUCACUCUGCAUGUUAGAGCAUACAAGUCUGGUGACUCAGAUUCCCAUAAAAAAUUUCCUUCCAAGUCAUGUCCAUUAAGGUAUGGGACUGCCAAGAUUCAAGAAGAUGCCUUUAACCUGUUUCAAGCUGGAUUGCGCGAAUAUCUUGACUUAUUCAGAGUUAAGAUUCAAAAUAGUCAAUACAAUGGAUGGGGGAUAACAGCUCUUUCUGUCUCGGCCGGUAAAAUAGUUGCUAUACCAUCUGGAACAUGUUCAAUCACAAAAUACUUUCAUGGCCAAGAUCAAUCUUUCUCUUACCCAAAGCAAUCAAAUGACAGAUUCAUCCAAGAAGCUGAAUUAUCGUCAGCAUCUGGAAGUGAUACCUAUCAGACUGAGCCUAAAACAGAACUAUGUGGGGAAGAAAUUGGGAUUAAGAAUGUCAUGCCUAGUUUGGAUCAACAUGAACACGAAAGAAAGAUGAUAAAAGAGCAGGAUCCAUUAUGCUCCACAAGCAAGCAGGGACAAGCUGGGUUCAGCCAUGAAACUUCAGCAGUGUUAUGCUCAGGAACCAAUAGCUGUUCUAAACUAAAUCAAAAUGAGCCACAAACAGAAAUCGCAGGGGAAGGAACUGGAAUCAAGUGUGCCACACAUGGUGUGAAAUCACAAGAGCAGAAAAAAAGGAUAUCGAGAGAAAAGGAAACGUCUUCGAUUUUGAGAUUCUUCCAAAGUCUCAACUCUUGCUCUUCUUCAAAGCAAGAGCAUGUUGAAACUGUUCGAGAAACUGAAGCAUCUACAUCCUCUGGCUCAAAGUCAGUAGGUAAUAUUUGCCCUGACCUGAUAAAAGCAGAGCCGUCUCAAGAAAUUCAACUUGCAGAGACUUGGACCAACAGUAGCGCGCUUAGUUUAGGUGGAGAUGAACAAAGAAAGGAUGUAUGGAGUUAUAACAUUGCUGAAAUUGACCCCUCCGUGAUUAAUGAAUUACCAUUGGAAAUCCAGGAUGAAGUGCGAGCUUGGCUACGACCUCACAAGCGUUCUAAUUCAGCCAGACGAGGUCCAAGUAUUGCCAAUUAUUUCUUACCUGCCAAAAACACAUAGAGAACUCCAAGUUGGGACCUGUACAUAGUUGUAAUCAUUAAUCUGCCAACUAUUAUUUUUAGUCUGCUUUCUUGCUGAUUAUUAAUGUGGAAACAGAGUCCAGAGAACCCCAAUCCCUUUCAUUUAGUCACCUGAAUCUUUUGUAAUGGGAAAUCCAACGUAAUUUAGUCCAGCCUGUGUAAAGUUUCUCCCUUUUUUCUUCUCUUACUUUUCACCGUCCUUUGGAUCCUAUUAUAAAAUUGACGUAGUAAAAAUUUGGAAGAAAUUGAAGUUCAGAGCACAGUAA